GUGAACGGCCAUUUUGUGGCAGCCGAGAGAGCCGAAGCGGGAGGAGGCAUCGCUGCUCCUGUCGUUGCCCGUUGGCCUCGCCCGCUUUUUUUCCCCCUUUCGCUCCCUUUUUUUCCUUCGGUUGGAUCGGAUCGUUGCCGGUUUUAUUUUUUUUAAAAUUCCUCUUUUCUUCUCCCCCCUCCGCUCCUCCUCGGGCUGCUUCCCGCCCUUGGCCCUCCGCCUUCUUCUCUCACACAUCGACCAACCCCAACCGCAGCCAUUGCUGACCUCGCCAUGUCUGGUGGCGGCGUGAUCCGCGGCCCGGCCGGGAACAACGACUGCCGCAUCUACGUGGGCAACCUGCCGCCGGACAUCCGCACCAAGGACAUCGAGGACGUCUUUUACAAAUACGGAGCUAUUCGGGACAUCGAUCUCAAGAACCGCCGAGGGGGGCCGCCCUUCGCCUUCGUCGAGUUUGAAGACCCCAGGGAUGCAGAAGAUGCAGUGUAUGGACGGGAUGGAUAUGAUUAUGAUGGGUACCGUCUACGGGUGGAGUUCCCUCGAAGUGGUCGGGGCACUGGCAGAGGAGGAGGAGGCGGUGGAGGUGGUGGGGCCCCAAGGGGCAGAUAUGGACCCCCAUCGAGACGUUCUGAAUACAGAGUGAUAGUAUCAGGACUGCCUCCCAGUGGAAGCUGGCAGGAUUUAAAGGAUCACAUGCGUGAAGCAGGUGAUGUAUGUUAUGCUGAUGUUUUCCGAGAUGGAACUGGUGUCGUGGAGUUUGUUCGGAAAGAAGACAUGACCUACGCAGUGCGAAAACUGGAUAACACUAAGUUUAGAUCUCACGAGGGAGAAACUGCCUACAUCCGUGUUAAAGUUGAUGGCCCAAGAAGUCCGAGUUACGGAAGAUCUCGUUCCCGCAGCCGUAGUCGUAGCAGAAGCCGUAGCCGAAGCAACAGCAGAAGUCGCAGUUAUUCCCCGAGACGAAGCAGAGGAUCUCCACGCUACUCUCCCCGUCACAGCAGAUCACGUUCUCGUACAUAAAUGAUCUUUAAUAGUGCUCCUUUUUGUAGAAUUUCUCCAUGUUGUAUGCAGUUUUCUUUUGCCCAUAAAUAGUCCAUUCUUUUAGGGAAAAAAAAGAACAGAUCUGAAACUGUUUUACUGAAAAUUGGCUAAAGUGUUGAAUUGCAGUUUUGUAUGAUACCCCUAGUGAGUAUUUGUUCUUUAACAUCAACAUUCCCUUGCAUCUUUCAUAAAUUGUAUUUUAACAUGUCCUAGUCAGGGUUCUUUCUAGCUAGUUUGCUGCCCACUCUCUCUUCCAACUGUGAUAUUGCUGUAUUAAAAAUGUCUUUGUUCAGCUAUGGUUUAUACAAGCUUGGGGUGUUGGGGUUUAAAUUGUCUCUUUUGGGGGAGCUUACAUUUUUAUCUUGCCUUUUCAUGUGUCUUUCUGUAGACAUAUCUGAAGAGAUGGAUUAAGAAUGCUUUGGAUUAAAGGAUUGUGGAGCACAUGUCAAUCAUUUUAGGAUUGUCAAAAGGAGGAUUGAGGAGGAUCAGAUCAAAAAUGGAGGCAAUGGUAUGACUCCAAGUGCUAUUGUCACAGAUUAAAUUGGCAGUAUUGACCUUAUACAGAAAGAAUAGUGAAAUAGGCACGCCUGUUCUCUAUUGUUCCACUCAUUUUCUAGUCAGCUGAAGUUUUCUGACUACCAUCAUGACAAUUGUGGCUUAGCUGGAUCCAUGCAGGGUGGGGUGGUGGGGGUGUACUGUGUCGGUUGAUUACAGGUGUUGCCCGUUUUUAUCCUUGUAACAUGCAGGUUUUUCAGACAUGGAAGUAUAAUCUCAAUACUGCUAAAAUCUGCAUGUCCUCUUGUGUGACUGAUAGAGCAUUUUGCUGUUUCAUCUUAAAUGUAAUGAAAUGGAAGCAGUGGUGGGGGGAGCACACUGGGGAUUUCUUUCCCUCUUCCCCUGCAAGAUAAAUCAGAAACUGACUCUGAUAAACUUCAGUUAAUCUUGUCACUUCUAGACUGAGUAUAAUGAGCUUUUAGUUUAGGCUUGGAUAGUUCUAGCAGCAGGAUUUGGCAACUUCAUGACAUUUUUUUUUUCCAACCACAAAACCUGUAAUGCACAUAUAGUAAUUGAAAUGUUGAAAUUAUCAGUUAUCCUUUGUAAAUAUUAGAAUGUUUCUUCCAAAUGAUUAACACUGCUAAAAUUUGAGCAUCACAAUACAAAAGUUUGUCUUGGGGAACUGAUAGUUAUCAAUGCCUGUUUUUAUUAUUCAGCGGCAGACAUAACUGAUCAUUCCCCAGAAUCCUAUUUUUCAUUACGGUAUCUAACUUUUUGCCUCCUCUUUUUUGGUUUUGCUGGUUAUAAAGGUUUGGAUUGGAGAGGGCUCACUGGAUCCCAAUCCUUGGAGCUGGAUCAUUGGAUUCAAAUCAUAAUGUGGAUAGGAUAGGGAGGAUCAAUUUCAAGGAUUCAUGGAGCGGGAUCAGAUUACCAGGAACAUAGGAGUGGAUUCCUGCCCCAACCAAACCGCACUCGUAUGGAGUUUUAUUCAACUCAAUUGGCUAUUCCAAAGAUUUUUUUUUUCCUAUUUUUGACGUUUGGAGCCCAUCCAUAAGAUGCACGAUGGAGUUUUCAUAUUUUUUUUUUGUAAAAGGAGCAAAGCAAGGACCUGGAGAGGUACGCUGGAGCAUUCUCCUUGGAAGGAUUCAGCACAAGUAGAUGGUAAAUGUUAAAGGGGAAAAAAGGGGGGGUUGUUUAUAAAUGUUAAACCAAUAAGUCAUUUACCUAAAUUUAACAACGCAAAGAAAUUGGAAUCUUUUAAGAUUAAGUAGGCUUUCAAUUGGCUAUUGCCUUUUUCUUUUUGACAAAUAAAAUUUUAUAAAAAAGUGCAUGGUGGUUUUGUUGUAUUGAAUAAUGCCCAUAUAUGUUGCUCUUCUGCUAUGAUGAAUUCACUUGUUAAGUUCCUCUGAUUCUUGGCCUGGUAAUUGACCGGGCUUCAUCUUGUGCUCUGUGGCCCAUUCAUAAGCAUUGGAGCACUGGUAGUAGACUGGGCACAAAUAAGCCCUGAUGAAAAGGUGUUGAGAAUGAAGAUAAUAAACAUCCUGGAGCUUACAUUGUCAGGCACAUGGAAGGAAAUACUUGGCUGCUCUAGCAGGAUACAUAGCCAAGGGUUCAUGCAACUUGGUGACUGCAGAAUGUGGAUGAUAAGGUAAGAGCUACAGAAUUCUGUAUCAAGUAGAACUGGUCGAUAAAAUGGCUGCUUUAGCUUCACAUGGAUAAUCCUUGAGGUUUACAGUAGUUAACAUCUGUAACGUUAUCUUAACAUUCUUGCAGAGUUUUUAAAGUCCGUUAACAGUUGGCACUUGAUUAAAAAUUAAUGGAAUUUCCUAGGGCCGUGAUGGCGAACCUAUGGCACGCGUGCCAUGGGUGGCACGCGGAGUCAUGUUGCCUGGCACGCCAGCUCAGCUCUGUCAGCUGAUUUUCGGCCCUUUUGGGCCUACCAGAAGAGGGCCUGGGGGGGGGGAAGGCCUGUUUUUCUUUCUCCCUGGCUCCAGAUCUUCUCUAUGCAUCUGGGGAGGGUGAAAACAGCCUUCCCCACCCCCCUCGGAAGCCCAAAACGGCCCAUUUCCAAACUUCCGGCCUCCAAGUGGGUGGGGAAGGCUGUUUUUGCCCUCCCCAGAUGCAUAGAAAGGAUCUGGAGUCAGGUGAGAAAGAAAAAUGGGCGUGCCAGGAGUGGGGGGGGAAGGGGGGUCACGCUUGCAUGUGUGUGGCGGGGCACAUAGAAUUAUGGGUGUGGGCACACGCAUGAGCAAACCUACCCCACCCCACCCCACCCCGUCCUGGCACGUGAUGGCAAAAAGGUUAGCCAUCACUGUCCUAGGGGGUUAUUGAAAGUACUUGGUUAGGGUCCAUCCCUGACAAGCCGUGUUUUCCAUCUUGGUGCCAUAUUAGUAAACUCCAUUGAUGUUUUUAUAAAAAAAAACUUCUCCAACUGUAGCAUGGAAAUGGUUUUCUAUUGCUGCUUUUCUAAUGCAAUUUACAGCUCUAGUUUUCCCAGGCUGCCUAGAGUUACUGGGAAUUGGGUAGCAUAUAAAUCUAAUACAGUGGUACCUCUGUACUUAUCGUUAAUUGGUUCCGGGUGGCAUGAUGAGUACCAAACAUUUUCCCCAUAAAGGAAUAAUGUAGUGAGUCACAAGGCAGCUGACACCAACAGGUUCUCGGUUGUGUGUCGAACAUCAAAUGAGUACCAGGACAGAUUUUUCAUGUCAAAAUGUGUUCAGUGCCAAAAAUUUGAUGAGUUUCAAAGCAAUUGUACCACAAUAAAUUAUCUCCUAUCAAAGAUCUUAGCAAGCUGGCUGUACUUAGCUUCCAACCCCAGAAAACACCAUGGUGUAAAAUAGUCUAGGAUUCAUUAUGUCCCUGCGGAAACAAGGACGUGGAUCUCUGACAUGCUUCUUAAAGGUAUGAUAGAAUUGAUUUUGCACUUGCAUAAAUUAUUUCAGGGUUAUAUGCUGUUUCUAUAUUAGAUAUUGAGGCUAUCUAGAUCCUCAAAAAAGGUAAAAUAACAGUCCUUGCAGAGAAGAUGUUAAAGCCCGACCAACUGUAAAAAGUACUGGUCAGUUGACAAGUGUUUUAAGUCUAGGAUUUUGAGGGGGGGGGAAAUAAGUUGGUUAUAACUAUACGUAUACAGAUAGUUCUGGACUUGCAGCCAUUUGUUUAGUGACCAAAGUUAAAAUGGCACUGAAAAAUAUGACUAGUCCUCCGAUUUAUUGACCGGUACAUUGUCUUCAUGGUCACAUGAUGAAGAUUAAGGAGCUUGGUAACCAGCGUGUUUGCUGUGCCCAGGUCAUAUGAUCACAGCAUGCAACUUUCCCAACCAGCCUCCGACAAAGUCAUGGAGGAAGUGGGAUUCAUUUAACAAAUGCAGUGAUUUGCUUAACCAUGGCAGAAAUGGUCAUAAAAUUGGGCUCACUCACUCCUGUUAAUUGUAAAUCGAGAACUACUGUAGCUUACAUUUCAGAUCCGUGUUCUAGUUAAUGAGGAUCAUCAGAUGCUGGUCAAAGUUGGUUACUGUUAAAGUGAUUUAAAUAUUAGGUGUUCUAAAAGAUUGAAGAAAGACUAAAAAUGCCUCAAAAUAGAGAAUGGAAGCAACAAGAUAUUUGAAGUGUUAAAAGUAUUGACUGAGUCUCCUUAGGCAGAUCCAAAAUACUUUAGAAUGACACUAAAUUCUUCAGCAGCCCUUGAUAUAUUAUUUUCCCUAUUAGGUUUUCUGUUUAAUUAUAUGUAUUGAGAUUGAAAAUUGGGUAGGAUCCCUAUUCAUGAAUCCUACUGGUUACUGUUCUGGUCUAUUAAAUUUACGGCCAGACGUAUUAAGAGUUGACAAGGAAGAACACAUCUCACGUUUAUGGUGUUGCAUAGGUAGUCCUCAUUUAGUAACUACAAUUUGGACUGACAUUAAGUGAAGGCACUAGGUGAAACUGCAACUACUUAACAACCUUCGGUUUCACAGGCUCAGAAGACCAAACAAUUUGAUGGUCAAAAAUAGGAUUAAUUUUUACUUUCUUUUAUCACUGUCAUAUAACUGAACAGUCACUAAAUGAGGCAGUUGUUUUUUGGUAUAAUUUUAUCAAUGCAGCAGUUGUUAAAUGUGGCCAAUCUAUACUGAAGGGAUCAUGUUUCCCCCUGGAACAUUACUUGAAAUGUUGAUAGCUUCAAAUUCCUCAUAUAAAUCACUUGCUUUACAGUCUUAAACUUCCUCGCAAAAUUUGAAAACCAGCCUUGGAGUAACUUGCGUAAAAAGGCUGCAGAGCUGAAUAGUAACAUUCUAGUGAAAACAUCUCUUGCUUGUUUACUGAAGGUUAAAGAAGCAGAAUAACGAGAUAAGCCCUUAGAUGUAGCAGGGGAAAGUUGGUAAAUCAGACCUGUAAUUAGAUUGUGAUUUGUUUUUGUUAACACCUAGUUCUGUAGCUUCAGGCUAAAGGUUUUCAGCGUAUAUAAGCUCUGGGGCGAGCAACUAGGCUGGCGCUGAUAAUGAUAGCUUUGUAUAAUUGCCCUGUGGUCACAUUACUAAGUUUGGUGGAGUUAUUUUUCUUCUUUUUUUGUAUAUGCACCUGUGCAAUGGAAAAAUAGGACUUCUGAGGCCAAGUAAAUUCUAGACCAGGCGUGUCUUACCUGCGGCCCAAGGGCUGCGUGCAGUCCUGGGCAGCUAGUAAUGCAGCCCCACAAGACCAUAAAAAUAUAUGCUGAACUUGGUUAUUUAUAUGCACUGUAUUAUAUAUAUUUGAUAUGUGCGCCAAGACUAUUCCUCUUCACUGAGUGUGGCCCAGGCAAGCCAAAAGGUUGGACACUCCUGCUCCAGACUAACCUAGCCUAGAAUAUGGAGCACUACUGGGGAGGUAUAUGUUUUCAUUAUAUUCUCUUUUAAUCAUAUAUUGCGUAGAUCAAAAGGUUCAUGAAGUGUUCGAGGCAGCAUGGUGAACUCUUGUGUGCUGUAGUUUUUAAGUUAACGGAGGAUAAUUAUCAAGUAAAUCUGCUUUAUUGCAGAGUCAUUUGUCAAUGAGAUGGGCAGCAUACAAAUUUAUUAAAUAAAUAGGAAUAUGGACCUCUGUUGAAGUGUGUUAAAUGGCCUAACGUGCCUUGGAGGGGAAAAUGUUUCAGACCUCAAAUGAUAAAUUAGACUAAAGAUCUAAUUUUAGGAAAAACACAGUUUUCCCAGUUCUGGGCUCAGUUUUAUAAUACUCUAGAGUGCUAAAAUGGAGGAAGAAGUUGGCAAAAGUUUUCUCAUUUCAAAUAUAAUCUGGGAGGGGGAAAAUCUAUAAACUUUGACUUAUACGGAACCUUGACUAAUUUGUUUUUAAAAAGGCAUUAAAAAUUGCUAUAGGCAUUCCUGAAAUAUAUCAACAGGAAAUAGCAGUGUUAUCUUUAUGAGGAAACUCCUGUUAAUGUCAUGUGUGUAUUUUUCUUAAAAUUGGGCAUGGUUCCUCAAUCUGGUUUCUUUCCACAGGGUGGCCACUGAGGGACCACUGUCAAGGGAAUGCCCAAUCUGGCCAUUUCCUCCACAUGAGCAUUUCGGCCCUUAUCACAUGGUAACUACAUGGAAUAACACAAGAUGGCUGUCUCGUUUCUCUAGCUGCUUCUCCCUUCUCAUCCAGCCACUGGAUGAAAAGAAAGCAAGAAAGUCCUGAUUAUUAUUAUUUUUUUAAUUGGCAGAAAAACAAGCACGCAAGUUAGAAAUUCUCAAACCUGCUUAAAGUGGGAAAUUUUCCAGCCCAUAUAUUGGCUGCUAGUAAACAUUUCCAUGUAUUUCCCUUUAAUUGCUGCUGUUCAUUCCAUGUUAGCUGAAUAUUCAUCAAACUUUUGCUGAUUUUCCUUGCCAUCCUUCCAAUGCGGUGCAGCUUAUAUAAAAUGAGGAUCCCUGAACUGGGAAUUGCUGGUAUUAGAAUCUCCUCUUCAUAAGCAAAACUGCAUUUCAUGGUUUCCUUUCUUCAUAACUGCUGUACCUGCACUAUGAUAUGGUAAUUAGUUUAUAGGAUCAUGUGAGGAGAAACAAUGAUUCGCCAUCCAUGCAUAUGGCAUUUGAUUUGGUGAAAUGUACACUAGAACAAUCUCUUGUUUUCAAAUCACUUGCAGCAUAAAAUGUGAAGUGACAGAAAAAGGAGUGAUGGGCAGAUCACUAUAGUAUAUGAGCUAUAGCAAAUAUUUCCCAGAUUCUUUUUUCACGUAUUAUGGAAAGAGCUUCCUGUGGUUUAUUUCUGCUAUGCACCUCCAUCUGUAAUCCUCUGGAUUGCCUUACAUCCUCAAAUGUUCCCGUCUUUUGCCUUGCUUAUUGGAGAUUUCCUGACAUCUGGCUUUGCAAUGCUCCUUCCAUCUCUGCAGGAUCGGUUACCCUCAGUUUUUGGGGUUGUGGUGCAUUAUAUGAGUCACUCCUGAAUUAUCCAAACUGGAUGUUGAAUUUUUUUUAGCGGAAAUAAGUUUUCUCUGUCACAUCACAAAUGCAUUUAUUGAGAUGUCCAGAAGAAAAUUGACUAAACAGUUCAGCUAAAGUACCUGGAUUAGAUGUUAGGUAGGCAGAUUAUACCAGCAAGAGUUAACAGAAUAUAUGUGUUCAUCUGACAAGAUAACAACCCUAACCCCUCAGAUUUUUGAGGUAAGAAGGUAAUCUUGCUAUAAAGAUGUUUUUAACAGUGUUGGGAGGGGAAUCAGAAUUCAGUAAUGGGUUGUGAUUCCUAGCAUGUGAAAUAGAUAGGCAGGCUAGAUUUACGUGGACUUCUGGAUGCCUAUUGUUAAUCUGUUUAACCUGCUGUUUUUUCCUCUCCCUCCCCCCCAUGUUACCGUUCAGAAAACUUUGAAAAUAACCAGGAAAAGCAGGAAAUGAAAGCUGAGCUCCCUGGCUGCUCUUAAGAUUGCAUAUCAUUCCUGUUAACUGAUGACUGGUGGUGCAUGGAGAUGUGGACCUCUGCUAGUAGAUGAUUUGCACUCGGAGCCAGGAAAGGAUUCCUUGACUGCCCAAAAGACAAACCUUCCACCUUUACAUUCCCUUGCAGAACGGUUCACCCGUGCAGGAGGAAGAGGAGGAGCCCAAGUUUUUAUUGGCGGGAAACAUUAGGGUAAUAUUUCUGCAGCAGCACUGCCAUCGUAUUUUCAAGAAACCCAUCUCCUCCCAAGGGAAGGUUAUGUAGGCAUUGCGAUAGUUAAAAGGACUGUAACUCUUGGCCUUUGCUGGACAGAAGAUGGGGUUGGGGGCCUCAGCUGUGUUAAUGAAUAUCUUGAAAUGCAGCCCCCCCCCAACAUCUGUAGAGAAUGAUGAUUGUGGUUGGUAGUUUGUUUUGUGGGUCAGGCUAGGAUGAUCUACAGGCCAGGUGCCCAUCAACGUAAGCUCUAAAUACACUGGUACCGUAAUGGGCUGUGCACAUCUCCACUUAUAGCAUCUAGCAACUGUUCAAACCAUUAACCUGAUGUGCAGCUCUGCUCAACAUCUGGAGAGCAUUAAAUUCCAGUGGAACGAGAGAGGUAUGUGCCAGUGGACAAGCUCUGCUGGAAUCCAUCAGCCUUCACCGUCCAUUUAAGGUAAAGCCUGCUUUGAGUUUGACUUCUAAGGACUUAAAGAGUCUUGUCCGUGUUUUGACUUUUAAAAUCUAGCCUGCGGACUUCACACUCAUUUCUUAAGCUCCCAUCCCAAGUGUGAAGGAAGCUUGAGCCUGCUUAGCUUCUGAGCCGGUGAAAACCAGAUGUGGGACACCUUCUAAUUAAAAAGACCAAACAACUUGGGAAUGUAACGAAACGUUAGCUUCUAGCAUAAUUCUUAUUUAACCAAAUGCUAAAGAGUGUCACGCAUAAAUAGGUCAUAGGAGUUGUUGGGUGGCUGUAAUACAGCAGGUGGAAGUGAAUCCAACUGCAAAAAGGGAUCACAGUGAGCUAAGUUGGUAGAGAAAAUGUGAGGGGGGGAGAGACAAGUCCCCCAGUUUGCUUUUGGUGAAUGGUUUUAAGGCUCGAAUGAGGAUUCCUUUUUUGUAAAUAAACAUGCCUUUCAAUAAUUUUUGUAGGAGUCCCGUGACAGGGUCUCGAAAUCCCAGCUUUGCCCAGAAAUUGCCUGUCUGUGAGAAUUUUCCAUUCUGCAAAGCUUAUCCCCUCUUGCCUUCCAUCAUUCUUCUCGUCUGUUCUCAAGAAAAUUGGAAAAAUGUGGUACACCAUAACUGUGAAGGCUCCGUGCAUGAGGGAGUCCCAAAGGUUCUACAAGAAGUGGAUGAAGUUGGGGCUCCAGACACUAAACCCAAGUUCAAAUGGUUUCUUUCCGUUUAACAGUCAAUGGACUGUUGUGUAGAUCAAGGCCUGAAUAUAGAACGGCUUUUAAAUAUAUGGUAUUUUAAAAAUAUUUUAAUUUAAGGUCAUGCUGGUGCCCCAGUCUUCUUACAAGCAACACUGCGGCCUUUUUAGGAACCUAAUUUUACUCUCUUUAUUUUUCCUUUUUGGGAUAUAAACUGGAGACAUCUCUAGAAAAUUAUAACUACUUAAGAUAGGAAGGCAUUUUCUGACCAGUGCCUUUGAAAAAUCUUCUUGCCUGUUGUAUUUUCCCCCUUAACAUUCAGAUUUUAGAGCGACUGAAAAGCAGAGGUGGAGAAAUUGGAAAGUACAGAGAGGGGUGUAAUUUUGGCUGUGAAGUAGGGAUGUAGCCUUGCAUAUUUAAGAUAUGGAAAAUAUCCCGUUUUUUGCAUAGUUAGUUGGACUAACUUUAGCGGUUUCUGAAUUUUAGUAGUUUUUUUUUUAAGUUGAUUGGAGACCUGUACUAGAGUAGAAUAAUCCCAGUAGGCAUGUGUCAAGGGCUUCUAAAAAAAUACCAUUUGAAGGAAGCUUUUACUGGAUCCUCUCUACUGUAUUAAAGUUUAAGCUUGAUAUUUUUCUUAAAUCUUUUAUCCUGCCUACAACUUUGAUUUAGCCUUAGAGAAAUCACCUAUUUCCUUUUCUCAAUUCUUUGACAUCCUCACUUAAACAUUUUCCUGUAAUGUGCAGCUUGAAUUAUUGACAAGUCUUUUUGUACAUUGUUUGAGCCGAGGAGAGGUGUCAAACUCCUCGGCUCAAAACAUGUACAAAAUGACUUCUCUUUUUGUACAUGGAAGAGAACUGAGCAAAUAGAUGAGUGCCUGCCCACAAAAUUAUAUCUAGUAUGAUACACUGGAAUUGGAAAUAAGUCAGUAUCAGUUCCUCUGUUAUCUUUAGCCUGGCCAAUCUGUAAAUUAAAUUGCAGAAUAGGACUGUCAGUUAAUGGCCACAAACACAUUACAGAACAAAUGUUUCUCAAAAAAGCCUCACAAGUAGUGUCAACAAUAAAGAAUAGGUUCAUUUAGAAUUAUUGUGCCUGGUUUGUGCUAGGUUUUUAUACUUCCAGGGGUGUAUUAGGUACACAAUCUCAAUGUAUCUAAUGCAGAAUGGUGGCAUUUCAAAAUUGCUUUACUGUAGCAGAUGAUUCUGCUGCUGCUCUUAAGGAGCAUAAAUUUGUAACAUCAGAGGAAGGCACAUGUUUGUGUGACUUUCAAAACCAGUGUGCAAGAGAUUAUUUUAAGCCUCCACAAAUUCAAAAGAGAACAGAUUCAGAAAAAUACCUUCCCACCCAGUUCUCAAACCUGGAAUAAGCCCUUUUGUGCCGCUAAGUAUGCUGUAUCUUUAGAGAUUUUUGAUUGUAAGCCUCAUGGCUGAAAUGCAUAAAUAAAAUUGCUGUUUAUUAUCAUAA